GAUGUGUUUAAAAUAGUUCAGUUGUUGGUCAUUAAAACUUUGAAGAGCAUAUACAGUGCGUUUAAAAUGGAUAGAUCCAGGAUCACGGUUUCGACGUGUACUUUCUUGCUUUUGUUACAGUGCGGCGUGUGUUACGGCGUUAUAUCAUGUCCCCAGUGUGCCGACGAGAACGUCGUCGAAAAAAUAUUUCAAAAUCUAUUUGACAUGAGCCAGCUGAAGAACCUCGCUGCGUCAAAUACGGCGACAUUCCAGGAUCGAUUUGACAUGAGCCAGCUGAAGAACCUCGCUGCGUCAAAUACGGCCUGUGCGGCGAACACUGUGCCAGUCACCCCUUGCCCUCCAGGCGUAGUGCUGUGCGAAUCGCAUUUUACCCAAUACGUAUUUGCUGGAAAGAACGAAAAAAACGAACCGGUCGAGCUGAAGUUGAUGCAAACCAAGCGCAACUGCUCGGAGAACAUGAACAUAAGCCAGACAUACAAGUGUCUCACAACAAUUAAUAAUAUGAAUCCCUUUGCCUUGCUCUCAGAUGGUCUAAGAACGAACAAGCGAACAUAAACGAAACAGUCGGUUCACCAAGUGUUAACAUUUCUCAUCGGGUAUGCUUCAACGUUUCUAAAGACGGAACUUUUAAUAAUAAUGGUAACAAUAUUGGCCCUUUCGGUAACGCGUUUCUUUGCCUGUCGCCUCUUUGGAUUGCUACACUGCUGUGGUAUUAUCGGCCCUUUCGGUAACGCGUUUCUUUGCCUGUCGCCUCUUUUGAUUGCUACACUGCUGUGGUAUUUUACUAUCUUGGCUUGUAUAUAAUUAUCAACGUUUGUCCGUCCCUCUACUCUACCCUCUACUAUAAUGUACUGGUGAAUCAAUAUUGAUAAACAUUUGAUUUUUGUCUAUUACAUUGUCCUUUCCUCUACUCAAUUGAAAUUAAUGUUGCUCAACCCAGAAUUAUGUAUGAAAUGUGUUUAAAAGAUAGUAUGUUUUAUUAAAUGUAUAAAUCAAUCUAAACUACAAGAAUAAAAUAAAAUAUACGUUUGUAUAAAGCUACGUCAGCGUAGGGUAUGAUUAAAUUGAUUUAUAGAUUUAUGUACAGUUCUUUUUACUUUGAAACAGUUUGAUUUAUUUGUUUAGUCUUAUAAAAUAUUCGUCACUCUUUAUUUUGUAAAUGUAUCAUGUGUUUAUCUUUGCCAUUAUAGUACGACGUGACAAAAGUCUGCUGAAUAAUGUAAAUACAAUAUAUAAUGUGAAUAAUGUAAAUAUACUGUUGGCAAAUCA